GCCAUUCUCUAUUUUCGUUUAUUUGUUCAAUGUAAUUGUUUUAAAUUAUUAUGUAGCCAGAGAGAAUUUAAAUUUAUACCUGCAAUCAAAGCUCGUGACCAGAGCAUAGUUGCUAUUAGCUCACUUGUUAAUCUGGCUUAUUGAAAGUCGUACAAGAUGGGCAAAAAAGGCAAGAAGGACAAGAAAGGCAAGAAGGCCAAGAAAAGUGGUUUAGAACCUACAAAUGUAGAGCCAGCACUCCCGCCUGAACCAGUAUUCGAUAGGAGUGUGCCCGUCUUCUCUUUCGACAUUAUCAUAACAAGACUGGAGGUAAAGGGCGUGGUACUGGCAGAUCCUAGAAAACUGCUGGUGAAAGUUUCCUUUGGGGACAAGAAGCUUAGCCUUACAGCCAGCCGGACCGACAUAAGCGAGUUCAAGCCAAAUGCCAGCCUGGCCUUCCAGGCGGACCCACCGACUCUGGCCCAAAAAGCCGAAGAAAGUGGCCUGAGAUUUGAGGUUCAGUACGAUGAUCAAUUGGUGGGUUUAGGCGAGGCGCAACUGCCAAAAAGAUUAACUGGCAGGAUUAAGCUGGACAUGAAGGCGUUCUCCUACACAAGCACUUGCCCCCUGAAAAAGGGAGUAAAGGAGGUUGGAGCCCUGGAGUUUCUGUGCAAGCUGUUCAUUAAGUGUGGCGAUUAUGCCAGGGAUGGUGAAACCUGUCCCAACUUAAAUAGGAACAUCAGCCCCAAGGACAUAGUAUUUGUCAUCGGAAAAUCGCAGGCUAAUACCAGCUGCUGCGACCCUUGCCGAGAUGCUCUGGAGAUUGAGACGAGAAAGCAGAAGGACUACACAAUUCAAGCAAAUUCUAGUCGAUAGUUUUUCAUUAUUAUAAAGGUUAACAAUAGGCAGAAAAAAGGUCAAAGCUGAAAUAAAAAAUUACUCUUAAAAACA